CUUGACGACGACCAUAGCAACAGUCACUGUAACGUUGCAAACACCUUUAAGCUAGCCAAACCAUGGAGGACGAUUUAGACGACUUGCUUGAUGAGGUUGAAACAAAGUUCUGUCGCAACGUCUCGUUGACGCCACAGGGUCCUUCAGAUAUAUCCAAGACUGUAAAAUGUUUAAUGCAAACAGGAAAAGAAAGACAAUACUGCACCACAGAGGAUAACCUUACAACCAGAAAACAUGACAGCGAAGAUAUAGAUGCCCUCCUCAAGGACAUACCCGCGGGUGACUUUGAUUUAUUCGAGUUAAACGUUCCGAAGACGAAGUCAUUGCCCCAGUCGACAAAAAGGAAGUGCUGCCCAGUUUUCCUUGGUGGAAGCUCUAUCAAAAAUGGUUUAGGAACCGCUGUUUCACAAAGGUCUUGUGACCAGCUGAGAUGUAUCUCCUGUGAUUUUUGGGUGGCCAUGUUUGACGAUCAUGAGUGGGACCCCUCUUGUGAUUACUUGUUCUUCAGGAACAAUAUGCCAGACUGUCAGAAUCUGCGGGUCAAGCUGAGGAGGAGGAGUGGGGCACGGGCGUACUCCUGCCAGUGUAGCUGGCACUCUGCUCGAGACCUCAUCGACCUGAGACAACAGCCCCAGCUCAAGUGGGUCUGUGGGAAACAUGAAGCAUGACAGCAUAUUCUCUAUCAGCGCCAGUAACUAAAAGUUUUGCUGGAUCGAAUCUUCAAUCAGACAAGGGGGGAAAGGCUGUAGUUGUGCCCUUGAACAAGGCACUUCAGCCCAAUUGCUCAUGUGAGCAGUUUUGAAUUAGUGUCUGCUUAAUGGUUAAAAUGUAAAUUUGACUCUCACUUUUCCUCUCACACAGACUUUAAUUUGUAUUGACUUGAAAUUGAUAUUUUGAGCUGUAUUCACACGUGAUAAUGAAAACAUUUUAUAAUGUAAUUGACUACCUAUAGGUUUAAUGGGAUACCUAUCCAAAGUACUUACUGUGUGCUUGUUCAGAAGCAAACAGGUAAUGUCUGGACCAGUAACCAACAUUGACAUGCAAAUUUGGGUGCACAUAUCCAGAUUAGUGACCAGAAAGCACUUGUUUCAUUUUGUUUUGACAAACUAUUAGAUGUGAGGUGGAAAGGAAGAGAUGUUACAUAUUCUGAGAAAUGCCUUGUGAUAUUUGUGAGGUAGAAAAGCCCACCCUGCUGGUGACGAGCACUGCCCUCCAGAGUGAGUGUGCAGAGCAGAAAUGCUAUUCUUUUCAUCCAUCCUAAAACCUCUGCUUCAUGUAGGUGAGAUGUAUGAUUCUGCUAGUUUUGGACAGAGAAGUUUUAGGACCGUAACAGCAUAAUCUGGGAAGGGUCUUGACCCCUGGUUACUAAUAUAAUAUUAUAUAUAUAUAUAUUAUAAUAUGGCUUCUAAAUAAUUUGUAAUACGGUCGUGCUCAA